AAAAGGCGGAAGAGCGUUGUAUUUGGGGAAUUCUUGUUAAUAACGUUCCUAAAGAAGUGUUCCUUUCUAGUGAGUAAUUAACCCCUUGGACAGUACUGACUAUAACAUCCUGCUUCUGACGCCGCAAAUUAGUUUACUCCGAGCUAGCUUCCGCCCUGUUAUGGAGUAAAAGCGUUAAACCGUUGGAAGGGAAGAAAUGUUUUCUUGUCUCUGAAACUGGCCUCUCCGCGAAGGAUGAACAGUGACGGGGGAAAAGAUCCACGUCUCUCUAAAGUCAUGGAGGCCUCCGGGGGGAGCAGUAUCUCUCCCAUCUCGUCCAUCCUAGACGUGGUUCCUUACCAGAAGUUGGUGGACCUUCACUAUGUCAGCAGAGGAGGCUAUGGUGUGGUGUACAGAGCGCGGCACAGUGACUGGAGGAUAUGCGUGGCUGUUAAGUGUUUACAGUUUGACACUCCAAUGGAGGAAGGUGAAAGGAACACACUUUUGAAGGAAGCAGAGGUCUUGCACAGAGCCAGAUUUUCCCACAUAAUCCAAAUUUAUGGUAUUUGCAAUGAACCCGAAUUCAUGGGCAUUGUGACAGAAUACAUGAGCAAUGGAUCUUUGGACCAACUCCUCAAUCAGAAAGAAACUUAUCCUAUACUUCCUUGGUCGUUACGACUUCGUAUAUUGUAUGAAAUUGCCCUUGGAGUAAACUUCCUGCACAACAUGAAUCCUCCAUUGCUGCAUCAUGACUUGAAGGCCCAAAAUAUUCUGCUGGAUGGUGAAUUCCAUGUGAAGAUUGCAGACUUUGGACUUUCGAAAUGGCGGCGUUUAACCAUGAGUAAAUCAUCAGGCAUUAAAUCCCCCACAGCCGGUGGGACAGUUAUCUACAUGGCCCCUGAGCAGUAUGAGCCAAACAAAGUGAAGCGUGCAGAUGUAAAACAUGACAUGUACAGCUAUGCAAUAAUAAUGUGGGAAGUUCUCUCGAGGAAACAACCAUUUGAAGAUGCUACAAACCCAGUACAGGUGAUGUUUAGUGUACUGCGAGGUACCAGACCUGACACCAGUGAGGAAAGUUUACCAUUGGACAUCCCCAGCCGUGAAAUUCUGCUCGAUUUGAUGACAAGUGGCUGGUCUCAAAACCCUCAUGAACGCCCUUCCUUUAUUAAGUGCCUCAUAGAAUUGGAACCAGUGGUUCGAACCUUUAAUGAAUUGACUCUACUUGAGGAUGUUUUGUAUCUCAAACGAGCCAAAGGGAAUUGUGCCUCAGACAACUUCUCUGCAUCAUAUGAAAAGGUAAAUGGAGAUCUGAAGACACUCAAUAUACCAGUGCAGGCAGUGAAUACAGAACCACAAAGUUUAUCCUCCCAGCAGGGAAAUGUCUCCUAUCAGCCAUCAUCAGGACCAUACAAUCAGCUCUCACCAGAAGCUUCUUUAUUCACUUCGUGCAAUUCACUUUCCUCUUCAGUGCAAGACGCAGUUGCUAUUCCAGUGGAAGAUGGAGCUGAUAUGCACAAGAAUAUAAGUAAUACAGACAAAAAUAUACAGUCUAGUAUGAAGUGUCAAGAAGAAUUGUACCCAGCACCUUUAGCUAGCCUCAGCAACGAAGGCAGUUUGCCUCAGACUGCUAUAUGCCAACCAGAUGACAACUUUGCUCCACGAAGUGGAAUUCCGGAAAGUGAAUCGGAUUGCGGAUUGGGACUAAUAACACUGCAACCUUCCACUAGUUUCCUCACAGAAUCAAUCCAUCGAGGUGUGGCCGAUCAGUGGAUUCAAAGCAAAAGAGAGGAUAUUAUUAAUCAAAUGACAGAAGCAUGUCUUAAUCAAACACUGGAUGCCCUCAUUUCUCGUGAUCUAAUAAUGAAAGAGGACUAUGAGCUCAUCAGCACCAAACCCACUAGAACAGCCAAAGUCCGACAACUCCUAGACACUAGUGACAACCAAGGAGAAGAUUUCGCCAAAGUCAUCGUUCAGAAGUUAAAAGACAAUAAGCAAAUGGGACUUCAACCUUAUCCAGAGCUAUGCACGUUAUCCAGUCCAGUUUCUCUCAUAAGCCUGAUGCCAACUCAUCUCAAAAGCAAGUGACUAUUAUUCACGUUUGUUAUUGGAUCUACUGUUACCUUGCUCCUAUAAGCUAUGAUAUCAUGGUUAAUUCAUCUUCAGUGUUCUUUGCCUUGAACUAUGGAUUGCACCUAGAGACUAUAAUAUUUUACAAAUUAAAAAUAUUUUCAUAAACCAGAAAAUGUGAAUGGUAUCAUGAACAUAUCCCGUUUGUCUGUUCUUCACAGUUGAUGAUUCUCCAGCAAAAAGUGAUUUAUAUUUGUAAAUCUUCCUUUACCUAGAUUGUACGAUGUAUGAACAAUGAUAUAGUGUCACACCCUUAAAGUGGAGGCUGUUCGUUAUUGUGUGUUUCUGUGGAAAAAAACAGUGAUUGCCUCAUUAGGAUGACACUACAAGAUGUGCCGUUUACAGCUGAGUUUUAGAAAUAAAUUUUAGCAGGCCUUAAAUUAAAAUGUUGUCUUCAACAAUUGUUAAAGCAUCAUAAAUGUGCAUAACUCUAACUGCAGAUUUGAUGUUUUGCAAAAAGCUUAGAAGGUAAGCAACAAAUGGGCAACAUCAUCUCCAAGAGCUUUCGCACAUCCUCAAAAGACAUCUCAAUCGUUAAUUUUCAUAAAAAAUGAAGGAAUAAGAGGUAACUGAAAUGGAUGCAGAUGAGAUUAAAAUGCAAGGAUGAAUCUGCAGGAAAAAUGUACACAUAUGCCUUCCAAGCUCUGAACCUCCAAAUUUAGUCAUGGGCAUGUAGUAGUUUGAAGGUUGCUGACUUUAUUGUUAGCUAAGCAUAACAUGUCCAUAGGCACUUCAACUUGAACUUGCUCUAGGCUUCAACCACAGCUAUCCUGACAUUGACUAAAUAUCACUAAAACUACAUGUAAAAUGGUGGCUGGAGAUGCCCUUGCAGCAAGUUGAAUUCCUCUAGAAUCAGCUUUAUGAUUAGAGUCCUAUUAUAAAAAAACUUCUUAUUUUCCAAUAGCAACAAGCAUCAUGUCAAGUAUGGUAGACAAGGUAUUGUCUUUGAUGCUAAGUCAUUAUUGUCAUUGAAAUGCUAACAUUGUUUAUCCCUCCAUAGAUACUACCUGACCUGUGUACUUCCAGUGCUGUGUUUCCAUUCUGUAAGCCCCACUAAAGAAAGGAUGGCAUACCAUAACUAAGAUGGUAUUGAAUUACCCAAAGCAGAUCACAUGUACUUUUAAAUUUAAAGUACACUUUUCUUAGUGAUGCCUAUAUAAAUAAUAACAAAAUUCAGGUGAUCAGAACAUAAGAACAUAAGAAAUAGGAGCAGGAGUAGGCCAUCCAGCCCAUCGAGCCUGCCCCGCCAUUCAAUAAGAUCAUGGCUGACCUGUCCGUAAACUCAGCUCCAUCUACCUGCCUUUUCCCCAUAACCCUUAAUUCCCUCACUAUGCAUAAACCUAUCUGUUUCUUACAAAAUGCUGCCUGGCCUGCUGCAUUCCACCAGCAUUUUGUGUGUGUUGCUUGAAUUUCCAGCAUCUGCAGAUUUUUGCGUGUAACUGUUUCUUAAAUAUAUUUAGUGAAGAAGCCUCAACUGCCUCCCCGGGCAGAGAAUUCCACAGAUUCACCAUUCUCUGGGAAAAACAAUUUCUCCUCAUCUCCAACCUAAAUCUUUUCCCCUGAAUCUUGAGGCACGUCCCCUAGUUCUAGUCUCACCUACCAAUGGAAACAACUUUCCUACUUCUAUCUUAUCUAUCCCUUUCAAAAUUUUGUAUGCUUCUAUAAGAUCUCCUCUCAUUCUUCUGAACUCCAGAGAGUACAGUCCCAGGCAACUCAAUCUCUCCUCAUAGGUUAACCCCUUCAUCCCUGGAAUCAACCUCUGCACUCCUCCAAAGCCAGUUUAUCCUUCCUCAAGUACGGAGACCAGAACUGCACACAAUACUCCAGGUGUGGCCUCACCAGUACCUUGUAUAGUUGCAGCAUGACCUCCCUGCUCUCGAAUUCAAUCCCUCUAGCAGUGAAGGCCAAAAUUCCGUUGGCCUUCUUAAUACAAAGAACUUUUAUUCUCAUCUAAGUUAAUGGGGUUUAUCAUACUGGUUUAUGGGUUACUUAUUAAUGCAAACUACAUAUCUCUUCAGGUGCCUCAAUUACAUAAAGUUGACUUGAACUUCCAGCUGGAGAAUAGAGUACUUAGAAAUAUGAUAAGGGAUUAAGAAGGAGCUAAGAAAUAGAAGCAUUUGCCUGCCUGUUAAAAGAUAAUGCUUUCUCUGCCAUUCAAUAACUUAUGUCAAAAAGCUAGAAAAACCUGUCACAGCCUUGGCUUUUAAUAGGUAGCCGAUUCUGGCUGCAAGAUUACAAGAAGAGACAAUAAUCUGGGUGCAGUUCAAUCAAUUAUAUUUCUGAGAAGCAGAUGGAAUAGUAAUUGCACUCUAUUUUCAGCCACCAAUUUCUAUGUCUGUCAUUCAGAAACCUCACAACUGCCAACCAAGUUCACUACCUCAGACUGCAUUUGUUAAACAAUCCACAUAAAAAUGUACAACUUCCUUGGAGUAGAAACUGGUGACUACAUUUAGAAAUAUGCAGAGCUUUCAUUUAGUACUGUAAUAAUGCCCUCAUCAGUGAUGUACAGUACAUAAUAAGGUCCACGCCUUUGUAUAAUACCCUUUUACUGUUUGUCCAAGGAUUUUCAUCUGUCACCUGCCUUCCUAAUGCCAUACCUGCACGUUAAAUCAAUAGUGAUUACAUUGUUUUUACCAAACUUCAUUAUCUCAUGUUUUUCAACAUUUUAUUCUAUCAGCUAUGACCUUUUUAAUUAGCUUUACAUAUCCUUCUUCCCCCAAACUCUCUGCAUCCUUCCCCCCAGCACCACCUUAACUUAUCAACAAAACUGGCUCCUCUCCUCCAACGGAUUGAUAUACAGUAGAUUAUGAACAGCCGCAGCAUUCCAACAGGCACAACCACAACAAUGAAUUUAUCUGCUUACUCUUAAUCUGUCUGUUUUCUGCCUACUCACCAAUUCAAAGUCCAUGCUAGAAUAUCCCCUCCAGUCCCAUGAGGGAAUACACCACACCUUAUUCAAAGUCUCGCAAGGUUCAACUACAUGAUAUUUAUCAGUCCACCUGUUUGCUGUGACCCUAAAGCAGAUUUAUUAAAUGUGGUUUGCCUUUCAUAAAUUCAUUUUGACUCUUCCAAAUUCUAUAAUGUUUUCCAAGUGCCCACUGCCAUUUUUUGAAUAAAAGAUUCCAGCAUUUUCCCUGCAACUGAUGUCAGGUUAAUUAAUCAGUACUGUAGUUUCUUGUUUUAUUUUUCACUCUGUCUCCUAUUGGUGGGAUUUCAUUUACCAUCAUCUGCCUCCAGGAACUAUUCCACAAUCUGUGGUAUUUUAGAAGCUGCAAGAGGUACACUCCCAGGAAACUGCUUGUAAUUUCCACUGCUGUGCCCCUGGUGUAAAGAGGUUGUGAAUGGUGAGAGUUCUCCUAAAGUCGAUAACAUUCUUCUUUAUUUUGUUAACAUUAGGGAAGCGAUUGUUUGUCUGGCACCAGGCCUCAGGCUCUUCCACCUCCUCUGCAGGACGUCUCAGCAUUGUUGGUGAUGAGCCCCACCACUGCUGAGUCAUCAACGGACUUGUCAAUGUCAUCACUCAGAUGCUUAGCCAUGCAGUCAUGGGUGAUGAAAUUUGAUUCUAUAGUUAGUUUCCUUUAGCCCUGAAAAUAAACAAUCAUCUGCAAUGUUAAUACUGAAGUGCCAGCCUUGGAGAGUGUGCAAUAACAUUAACAUUGUUAGUGUGUUUUCAUCAUAAGUAGUGAUAAAAGUAGUAUGAACUGCUAAAUAAUUUGUGAUUCUGUACAAAUGUGCUUUAUGAUCUGGUAAAAUAGAAAUUGCUGAGCAGUUUAUUUAUAUUUUAAUAUAUUCUUAAAGGAAAAAAAACUGAUGCCUUAAUGGAAUUGUUAUAUCUGGAUGUAGUAAAUUGAAUGGAAGUCAUAAACAUAAUGCUGCCUGUCCUUUUGAGUUCCUCCAAUUGUAAACCAAUUUAUGUUUCCAUACUAAGGUUAUAUUGACUUCUAUAAAAUUAAAAUAUAAAUUCUGUGCAGAAUUUACAAUUGUUUUGUUGAUUAGUUACCUGAAAAAAUGCUAUGCUGUGUCCAGAGAGAUGCUUUGUGAAGAUUAAAGACGGGAGGCUGGAAAGGACCGAGAACACAAGCUGACUCAGGGAAAAGACCAGAGACGAGGUACAGGGCCAUGAAUGACUCCCCCUCAAAGCGGCGAGGAAGAUUGAAGUAUUGAGUUGAAUGCAGAGGGGGUCAGGGGUGGCUCCCAACAGAGGCAGUCAGCAACCGGAUCGCAGCCUUCAGCUCCACGUUGGUGGUCAGUCUUUACGGACGGACUGAGGUCAUGUGGUUGCUCCCUUCAUAUGUAGACAAAAAGACGUUUCCCAUAUUCUGAGAUUUAUGUGAUUAUUGGACUGUAUAUUGGUUUCCUUCAGUUUUUUUGGUAUUUUCUUUCUUAUGGAUGAUUGGUAUGUGAGUGAUAUGUUAACUUUGUGUGUGGGGGGAGGUUGGGAGUUUGUUGCUACUAUCACUAUUCUUUUCUGCGAGUGAGGUGGUCAGGGAUUGUAACUGUCACCUGUUUUUUUCUGUGGGUGAUGGGGUCAGUGAUUGUUUAGGAAGUCGGGGACUGUUAUUGUUGCUGUUUUUUUUUGCUGGGGAGGGAGAAUUUUGGGGUUUGUGAGUUUUGUUUCUUUUUCAUGCUGGGGGGGAGUUAAUGUCUUUUCUUUCAUCAACACCCAUGGUCUUUCUGUAUUUAAUGGCUAUCUAGAGUAGACAAAUAUCAGUUGUAUUGUACA